GAGGAGAAACUGAGAUCAAGACUGCCUCACCUUCCCCAUGUAUCACAACGAAGAGGACAACUCAUCCAAGCUAUCUCUCCGAGCUGGUCAGCCAUGCUGAGAACAAUGGACCCGGUGCCAGGGGAAUGGUACGUCACGAAGCAUGUAGGGGAGGAUGACAAAUGCAUUGUUCAAAUUGUUCAAGACCUCGUAGAAGAUCUUUGGUUGGCACAGCAAUGGGAGAAGAACGAGGUGCCUGGGAAGCUUCCCAGACUUCAAUCACCUACUGAAGUCAGUAUUGUGUCACAGCAACCUCUCCGACUCAUCAGAGUCUUCUCCGUGUCCCAGCCUCUGCAUGCUCCGGUUCACUGUCUGUUGAUGGACGGCAAGCCACUUAGCGAUCUGAGGAUAGACCCCAUGGGUCACAGUUGGCGGCUACCAGGGGGCAGACGCAUCCUGUUGUCACAAUACACUUCAAAGUUGGGCAGACAAAUCAUAGCUAAGGAUCCCGAGUUACCAGACGUGGCUGCAAGGAAGCUCAACAGGCUUAUACAGACUCAGCCCCCCCUGGGGCCUCGAGAGAUGCGGCAGCUGUGGGAUCAGUUGAAAGUGUUACCUUCCCAAAAGUUCGCAGCUUUAUCAUGGCUGCUGUCACAUACGGCUAUACCAUGUGCUAUCUGGUUGUUUGAAAAGGGAAUGGACAUCUGCACUAAAUGUCUCAGAUGCGGAGUCCACGAGGAAGAAACGUUGGAACAUCUGUUUUGGUCUUGUCCAGCCUCCCGCAGACUGUGGAUAUGGUGGGGUAACCAUUGGGCAAGAUUUGUGGGGGAUUUGUUGACUUGGGAGGAGAAAUGGGCACUUCACGGGAAACUUCCGCCCUCAUGGUUCAAGCACAUUGGUAAGGGGCGGGAGCGGCGAGAUGUGGCGUGCACUAUCUCUUUUUCCACGGCAUUUCCGCCGAGGAGAGGGAGGGUGCGACUCCAGGCGAACAGCUCCCGGAGCGGCGAAGUGGGGGGGUGUUAUCUGCUGCCGUCGCCGGAACAGCUCAUCUGUUGCUGGGCGCGCGGAGACAGGAGCAAGGUGAGACGAAAGGCGAAGACGAAGAGGAUCAGCCGCAGGGUUUCCCAAUCCUUGUCGAUGAUGGCGGCGAUGGUGGUCCUGCUGUUGCUGGGGCUUCUCCAGCUUGCCGUUCCUGGACUGGCUCAAAGUCCACCAUCUGGUUCUGUACAGAUCCAGAGCGUGACCUAUGCUGGCUUUGGCUGUCUGCCUGGAAGUGCUGAGGUCCUAUUCUCUGAUGACGGAACGGCGUUCACUGUAAAAUUCGGAAACUUCACGGCGUUCAGCCCAGGACGUCCAGCUGACCGGAAGAGAAACUGCCGAGUGGGCGUCAACAUGAUCUAUCCUGCUGGGUUCGUGUAUACUCUGGAGACUGUGACAUUCACCGGGUACGCCGAGUUCGAGGAAGGCGUCAAGGGUUCUGUGGAAACCGGGUACUUCUUCUCAGAUAUCCCAGGGACAGUCACAACCUUGCGAGAGGUGGGUCCUCCCCUGGACGGCAACUUUGAGUUCACUGAAGGCUUCUUAACCUUUGUCUAUCCACCGUGUGGCAGUGAGUCGGUGACGCUCAAUAUCAAUUCCGUGGCAACAGUAGUAUCUCCAGCCCCGCCGAUGAAUAACAAGGUUGGCUUGAUCACCAUCGACCAACAGGAUUUUCGCCUGCGCUGGACGCAGUGCUAAGGGCAUACUCGUACUCAAGCAUUUCUGGCGCAGCUGGCGGCAAGUGCAGCCAGAUGCAGUUCAGAAAGUCGUAAUGUGAGCAGGGCCUAUGCUGAUUUAACCAGGCGUCAGCAACAGGGCGGGCGGUCGUUCGACAUCAGCAACCUACUUGAGAGAAGCAGAAUGAGUGACCGGGAGGGGCUCAGCUUGGAGAUUAGUGGAUUAAUGUAUCGGUCCGCAGCUGUAUUGUCCGGGGCGCGUCAACGAGCGUGGUCAGCUAAGAACUGGCGACAUCACCGACACAGGGGAUUGGACGUGUGUACAACAGCACUUUGCUGAUCGAGCUCAAUAGGAAGCCUAGCCAGUUGUGGAACUGGUCACUCACGAUCAUUAUAAUUAUAUAUAGUACGUACUUAAUGUCUGGCAGGCAAGCGAGUGAAAUCACACUACGAUUAUUCAACUUAUUAUGUAUGCAAACAGGGAAACAGCAAAUUGGCGACAGGCGCCCACUCAGUACUCAAGAUAUCGUAUCCACAUAAGAGUUCUCUUCAAACUGGCUAUGGCGACUGAGCGCCCAAAUCCCCACUCAGUACUCAAGAUAUCGUAUCCACAUAAGAGUUCUCUUCAAACUGGCUAUGGCGACUGAGCGCCCACACAACUCACUGUUCGCACUCUGGAUCACCCUGGAUGUCCCACACGCAACACUCAGUAUCACACCUGUCUCUUAUACACAUCUAGAUGUGUAUAAGAGACAGGCUUUAGUCACACCACUUGCCCACUUGCCUGCACCACUUGACCACUUGCCUGCACCACUUGACCACUUGCCUGCACCACUUGACCACUUGCCAACCUUCUAGAAAGACUGCAGCUAGCCUUCUAGUCUAUAGGUCUACGGAUCGAAUCCUGGCUACCUAUAGACCUACGACAGACCUACCUACCACUGGCGGUUCUACAGGUCGCAGGUUCAACUCUUCGAGUUGACGCUGGUAUUGUACACAAGUAAGUUGGGAAACUAGGGAUCGAGCCCUGGGAUCUACCUCAGCUACCACGAAUUGGUGAAUACCGUUUCACGAGUGUCUAAACAUGGAAAAGAAUACGCUGGCAUCUAGGACUUCCGGUAGGGGAGACCCCAAGCCCAGUGCGAAAACUGUUGGGUAAAGAUGAAGUAGACGGGCGUAGCAAACAGCAAUGCUCUCUCUCUCUCUCUCUCUCUCUCUCUCUCUCUCUCUCUCUCUCUCUCUCUCUCUCUCUCUCGUUUUCUCUGUUUUUUCACUUUUGUUCUCUAGCUGGCUUGCUCGUUCGCUUGCUCUAUGUGUUCGUGUUUGACGCACAUUUUCAGAGUGCGAGUCGACACCCACAGGAGUAUCUCGACCGCGAAGGCACGAAGUGCGAUAUUAGCGUGAAUAUGAUCUCUUCUCGUAAAGAAGAAUCGGCUUUUCCAAUGAAUUCCUGCAUAUGUU